AUGCCCGCCCAAACCAACGGCACCCCCUCAGGCCCCGUGCCCCUCUGGAUCAACGGCAAAGAAGUAACCACAAGCACGACCUUCGACGUCCAAAACCCAACAGACAACGCCCCCCUCUGGCCCUCCUCCUCCGUCUCCAAAAAAGAAGCCCAACAAGCCGUCGACGCCGCCCAAACCGCCUUCAAAACCUGGCGCCAGACCAAACCCUCCACCAUCCAGACCAUCAUGCUCAAAGCCGCGGACCUCAUGUCCCAACGCCGCGACGAACUCGCCACCUACAUGCAGCGCGAAACGGGCGCCCUCCGCCCCUUCACCGACUUCAACAUCGACACCACCAUCGACAACAUCCGCGACGUCGCCGGCCGCGCCGCUGACAUUCACGGCAUCAUCCCGCCGACCAAAACCCCCGGCCAGGGCGCCUUCAUCUUCAAAGAACCCUACGGCGUCAUCCUGGGCAUCGCCCCUUGGAAUGCCCCGUACAUCCUCGGCGUGCGCUCCUUCCUCUACGCCCUCGCGGCAGGCAAUACGGCGGUCGUCAAAGGCCCCGAACUCUCCCCCCGAACCUACUGGGCCAUCGGCUCUAUCUUCCAAGAAGCCGGCCUCCCUGACGGCGUCCUGAACAUCAUCUACCACCGGCCCUCCGACGCCGCAGAAAUCACCAACUUCCUGAUCGAACACCCGGCCAUCAAAAAAGUCAACUUCACAGGCUCCACCCUCGUCGGCUCCCUCAUCGCCUCCAAAGCCGGCAAGGAGCUCAAACCCGUCCUGAUGGAAUUGGGAGGCAAAGCCUCCGCCAUCGUCUGCGCCGACGCCAACAUCCCCCACGCGGCCUUCCAAUGCGCCCUCGGCGCCUUCCUGCACGCGGGUCAAAUCUGCAUGUCGACGGAACGCAUCCUCGUGGCCCGGGAGAUCCUCGAACCCUUCACCAUCGCCCUCAAAGACGCCGCGGACAAAAUCUACGCCGCGGAUGCCGACGCCCCCGUCCUCAUCGCCAAGCCGGGCGUGCAGAAGAACCAGGCCCUCCGCGAGGACGCCCUGGCGAAGGGAGCCAGGAUCCUUCACGGCGCCGGCACCAACGACCAAGAAACCUCGCCGUACCGCAUCCGCCCCACGAUCCUCACAGACAUAACUAGAGAAAUGGACAUCUUCCACACGGAAUCCUUCGGCCCCACAGUCUCCCUCAUCCCCAUCUCAAGCGACGAGGAAGCCAUCGACCUGGCCAACGACACCGAGUACGGGCUGUCCGGGGCCGUGUUCACGGAGAGUUUGGCGAGGGGGUUGAAGAUCGCGAGGGGCGUGGAUAGUGGUGCGGUGCAUGUGAAUAGUAUGACGGUGCAUGAUGAGGCGUUGUUGCCGCAUGGGGGUGUCGGGAAGAGUGGUUGGGGCAGGUUUAAUGGGCAGUGGGGCAUGGAGGAGUUUUUGAAGUUGAAGACGGUUAGUUAUAUGGAGUAG